GGAGUAGUGAACGAAGACAUGUACCUAGGACACUCAGCAGCGCUGAUGACUGUUUCGGGCCUUGUGCCUUGGCAGCGGGGCUUAGACCGCCUGCGGGCUCCCCCAGAUGGUCCCCUCGCCACUCUUCCCUUGGCCGAUUAAUACCCUCAACCGCUCCACCCAACUACUUGCGACCUUCCUCACACACCCGCACUCUCCACUUCCCCGCGACACGACGACCGCCUGCCCUACCGCACCCCUCCAGCACCCGCAGAGCGCCACCAGUCGAUUUCAUGACCACGGACAUCCAGAAUCUCAAGUCCUUCGAUCCGUUCGCGGAGGCCGAUGAUGCUGGAGGAGAAGUAAAGUCCACUCAGCAGAACUACAUCCAUAUUCGUAUUCAGCAGCGUAAUGGUCGUAAGACUCUGACCACCGUCCAAGGACUGCCCAAGAAGUUCGAUCAAAAGAAGAUUCUCAAAGUCAUCAAGAAGAAGUUCGCCUGCAAUGGCACCGUCGUCGCAGACACCGAGAUGGGAGAGGUGAUCCAGUUGCAGGGAGACCAGCGCAAGGAUGUUCAAGACUUCUUGACCGACAAGAAGGAGGGCCUGGGCCUUGAUGGCAAGACCAUCAAGGUCCACGGCUUCUAAACCCACAAGGACGUGGAUGCGAUGCGCACCGCCGCUCCUCCCGCCGAAGCCGAACGACCGCUCCAAGGUCGUGCCAACAAUACGGCUGAGGAAGAGCAAGCCGGCAUGUCGCACGUGUGUGGCUCACACACGACAGUGCUGAGAUGCGGUGCGCACGAGCAGGUACCCCACGUUGGAGGGGGACCACGAAUUUCCUAUCUCCGUCUCUUUGAAGGAAUUGGAUACGACGUUUGAGGUUUCGCACGCUGAACUAUCAGUGGUGCAGGAUAUCAAGGUAGAGAUUGGGAUGGUAGUUUCAGAGGUUACAUUCAAUCAGAAAGAGUUCUUUAUU